CCAGGAGAACUGCAUCCCAAAUCUGUGGUGAACCUCUAUGGAGCUCCACCUCCUCCCCGUCUCCAGCAACGUCUCUAACGUCUGUAGCAAACCAGCCGCUCUCUGCAGAGCAGGGCAAGGGAGUACGCUGAGAAACCACUGGCUUCCCUUCAUAAUCUAAGCCAUCCAGGCAAAUCUGAGCAACGUAGCCCUAGCCCACGCUCCUGUGUCUCUUCAACUACCUUCUCCGCACACUUCAUCCUUACCCAUCCUCUGCUCUGCGAUGAGCCUGGAGGGACUGUAGCAUCUCCUGGGAUGAGUCCAGGCUGGUGUGAUGGUGUCAGCUGGCUGUGAAUCUGCCUUUCUGAAGCCCUGGAUGUUAAACAGAACAAAGCAACGGCUUAGAUCUAGUUGGACUUGAGUUUUCUGUUGGUUUAGCUCCCUCGGCUGGCUUGGCCCCGGGUCAGAGCAUCAAGGAGGAUGUGAGCAGGUGGGGUGUUACGGAGAAGUGGGACCAGAGUAACAGUUUGAACUGUCACGGUACUGAAUCUUUCCUGGCUUAUGGAUGCUUGCCGCAUCCCCCGGUUUUGAAGGCUAAAAUAAUUUCUGUUUUUGUGCAGAUCCUUGCUCUAACACGGCCUCACCGUUCCCUCCUCCUGUGUGCCAGGUCUCAGCCCUGCUCUGCCUUUUCCUUGUCUGCUAGUGCUUUUCAAUCGUGCAAAAUACAAUUCUGAAGGCUUCAAGCUUUCUGCAGCUUCUGGUUGGCGUGUGCAUCUUGGCUGGCCCUUUAAACCUCAGGUUAAUGAAGAGAUUGCCAAUUAACUGAAACUAAUGAAUUCCUCUGCACAAGCUAGUUUCAGUUUUUCACAAUUGUUUGCUCCAAGAAACAAAUAUUUGUGGCUUACCCAAAGCUGCGCCUCAGAAUUAGCCAAACGCAUGUGUCCUGGAACAAGUGCUCGCGGAGCAUCCAGACUAGCAAGCCCAGAGAUGCUGACUAAUUGAAAUAAAUUAGCAAUUGUUAAUACUCUUGCUAUAUUUCCUACAGAAACAAGGCAAAAAGCAAAUAUGGUUGUGAGUUAUCCCACUGACAUCAAAGGCUGUAUUUAUGUCAGCGCUACUCACGCUGAAGAUCCGUUGCAGAGUUGGACCCUUUGGUGAGGAACUGACAGUCGUUUGCAAACAAACUUUGGAAAUGCUCCAGCCACGGCUGCCAGCGCUCCUCUGGCUAGAGUCAGGCCAGCUUGCAGCCUGCGCUGGCUGCAGGGAGGCUGCAGUCAGCAGUAAAGGCUGUCCGGGCCUGCAGCAAGAGCAGAGGUUUGUCCUUGGACCCUUGAGCCUUCUCCAGAGAGCCGGUGGGAGCAUGAAGAAGGAUUGCCCUCUGCAAAGCUCACAUGUACGCAGCCGAGCUGCGUUAUCCGCUGAUGCCCUUUAAAAGUGAGCUGGGGGUGAACGUUUGCUGCUUGAGGGACAAGGCAUGAGAAAAUGGAGCCAACCGGGGCAGUGGGACGGGGUUGUCUCUUCCCAGGCAACCUCGGAGCGCGCGGCUGCUGCUGCCAGGCUGCGGCCAAAGAGCUCCCGGGCUCGCAGCGAGGCACGGAGCGGCGCGCGCGGGAAGGGGGCCCCCCAGACACAAAGGAAGAGCCUUUUUCUGGUUUCCUCAUUCCUGAGUAAUGAAAGUAUUACUGCAAAAAGCUGUCUGUGUGGCUCGUAUUGAGGAGCUGGGCAGUGUCCAGCAAUAAAAAUGCCUUUCGCCCACUACUUUGGCACAUUGCAGAGUGUAAACACUAAAAAUGAAUGUAAUUUCACCUCAUCAGAGGAGCGCUUGUAACUUUUUUUUUUUUUAAAAGACAAUAUUGCCAGGAUAAAAAUAAUGCAUUAAAACAGAGCAAAGAGCAAAGCGGCUCGCUUGGAUUGCUCCCGUUAUUUUGGACCGUCAAAGCCAAAGGAAUCUUUCCGCUGUUUCGGCCGCUGCCUUGCUGCUCCCGCGGGGCCGGGGCCCUGGAGCACUUCCCUCUGCUGCUUUACCUCCCGGUCCUGCCACGGCGGCACAGAGACGCGAUGUUCCUGGGAAGAUGGUAGGACACGGCCAGGCCUCGGCGCGGGGGCCCGGAGCGGCGUAGCCCUGCGGUUCUCUCCUUCUCCAGGGCUUGGCCUCGGACACUCGCCCGGCUCAUUCCUUCGGCUGGAAGCGACCUCACAAAGCGGCGAUGCCGAGCGGCAGGUUCCAGCGUCUCCAAGGCUGAGCAGCCGCCCUCCCGCCGUGCCCCGGGUGCCUUCGGGGAGGCUACGGGCCCCGGCUCUGCCGGCGGGGCGGCCGGGAGAGCCUGCGAUGGAGUACGUGGAGCCUUCCGAGAAGAGACGCGUGGUGUCCGAGCUGCUGGUUACAUCUUUGAAGUCCCUCUCUGAAACCGACACAAGAUGUUCUGAGUUUUGGCAGUUCAGGAGAAAGGACACCGAGUUUUGUGCCUACCUGCGCAGGCUGCUGAACAGUCCGGUCUUCACGAUCCUCAUGAUAUGCAGCAUCUCACUGAACGCCAUCUUCCUGGCCGUGGAGACUGACUACUGCCUCCGGCUGAGCUCAAGCACCUUUUUCGCGCUCACGGAUACUCUCAUCCUCUCCAUCUACACCACCGAGUUUUUGCUGAAGGUGUACGUGGAUCCCAUCGCCUACUGGAAGGACGGCUACAACGUCUUAGACGCUGUCAUCCUGCUCGUUGCGCUCAUCCUGUACGCCUCCAGCUCGGGGGCUGCCACGCACUUCCACUCCUGGGAGAUGGCCAAAGGUCUCCAGGCCCUCCGGAUUCUCAAGCUCAUCAAGUACAGCAAGGGGAUGAGGGUUUUCACGCAGGCGCUCGGCCAGAUGGUAAAGACAGUGAUGUAUGUCCUCAUCUUGCUGUUCCUGCUGAUGUUUAUAUUCGCCAUUCUGGGACAUGGUUUGUAUGGAGAUCCUGAAACUGGAGACACUGAAAACUGGGGCAACAUGGAGGCUGCCUUCCUCACACUCUUCAGUUUAGUAACUGUUGAUGGCUGGACAGACUUACAGGAAGAGCUGGAGGAUCAUGGGUUUACGAAUAGCCACGUGUUCACGAUAGUGUUCAUCUUGCUGGGGUUCUUUGUGUUCUUCAAUAUGUUCAUUGGAGUUGUGAUUAUCAAAAUGCAGGACUCGACUCAGAAGUACGAACGGGAGUGCAAAGCGGCAAAGAAGGCUGCAGUUUGGGCCAAGAAACAGGCGAUUCUGAAAAAGCAGCAGGAGGAAGUGAGCAAGCUCACACAUGAGCAGAAAACCAUUCAGUAUAAAGCCUUCAGUGAGCUGGUGGAUAACUUCAAAAAGACGUUGCACCACUCUGAUUCGAUCGUUGUAGAGGAUUUUUGUGUCAGCAUCCCGUUUAUUGAUCUUUAUCUGACAGCCCUGGACCUCCAGGAUGACACAGUGGACAGGUUACAAGAUCUAUACUGUGAGAUGCUUGGCAUAUUGAACACGAUCUUGGAAGACAUGGAAGAAAAAUCUCUGCCAGAUCCUGAGAAGAUUCAAAAAUAAAAGCUUUGUCGGGGGCAACGUGA